AUGCCAUGGUGUGCAGAAAUCCGACCUGUUCUAUCAAGAUUGCGAUGGUGCGAUGCGUCUAGUGACGUGGACGAGGUACUGAGCGACUUAGAAAAGAUUUUUGUACUGUCUGAGGCCUGGAAUGCUGCAGUUGACAUCUCAAGUGCAUACCCUGAUUGCUGGAGAGUUGAUGAAAAUUCAUUUUAUCAUACUUUCCUGUUGGGUCGAGCUAAGACUUACGGAUGUUUUCAUCUGUGGGAAUGGCUGAGUAUGUUCACGAAAUGCACAGAUGUCUCAAUCGAACUGCAAUAUAUAAUGUCGUUGUGUGAGAAGACAGACUGGAGCCUAUUUUCCGUUAAGAAGAGAUGCGAGUUGGACUCGUGCGUACGAAACUGUAGAUGUGGCGAAGAACACGAUUUGCAUGUUAUUCUUGAUGAAUGCGCUUUACGCAUUUGCAUAUCACCGAAGAUGUCAACUGCAGCAUUCCUGGAUCUCUUCAACAUCGAGUUCCCCAACGCACUGUCUGAUUUCCAAACAACCUUCUUGAAAGCGUCCUUCCAAGGGUUAAACCGGGUUUGCGCUUCCGCCAGGCGCACCACACCCGUGCCGAAAGUAAAUCAAUCUUCGACCAUCACCAGGCCUCAGACAGUACAAAAAUCUUUUCUAAGUCGCUCAGUGCCUCGUCCACGUCACUAG